AUGCAAAAAGGCUAUGGGUUUAUCAUUCCUUGUGACCUUCCCUGUAACCUUCCAGAGUGUGAUAAAGUAGAAGGUGAUAAUUUAAUUUCGCGUCCAAAGGGAUUUCAAGCUGCAAAUGUUAGUGGUCCGAAUGGUGCUUCUGUUAAAGGUGAUCCAAACGCUCCUGGUCGACGUCCUAUUUAUACUACCAAUAAUUAUAUUGGACUAAACCCUAAUUACGGAAUACUCGAUCGACCCCUUAAAUUUCCAACUGGAAGUGAUCUGGCUACUAGCAAUGCUG